AUGCAAUUCAACUACUUUGGCAACACCGGACUCAAAGUGAGUUCUUGCCGGCCUCUGGAAAAGACUCGGCCAAAAAAUCAACCGCUGACGAAAACUUUCUUUUUUUCGAUUCAGGUCUCGGCUUUCGCCCUCGGUGGAUGGUUGACUUAUGGUGGAACGGUCAAGGGUGAUCCCGUCAAGGUCAGUUUGUAGCAUUAUCGAAGCUGGAAUGAGCAAUGCUGAAAAGUGUUUCUCCCCCCUGUCGACUCGCUCAGGACAUCAUGAAGGCCGCUUUCGAGGGUGGUAUCAACACCUUCGACACCGCCGAGGUGAGUUGAACAACGUCUCGUUCCCGCAAUUUUAACACGUGUUGACCUUGAUCACCAUCUGCCAAUUAGGUCUACUCGAACGGCCAAUGCGAACUCGAGAUGGGUCGCGUCAUCAAGGAACUCGGUUGGAAGCGCGAGGAAAUCGUGCUCAUCAGCAAGAUCUUCUUCGGCACGGGUCAGAAGCACCCCAACCAGAACGGUUUGUCGAGGAAGCACUUGAUCGAAGGUACCCGCGCGAGUUUGAAGCGCCUCGGCGUCGAGUACCUCGAUAUCGUACGUGUCGCAGGUCUCGACUGGAUCAGAGGAGUCGGUGAAGCUCACGCUCGUCUUCUUCUUCCUGCAUCCACUGCAGGUCUUUGCUCAUCGCCAUGACCCCGCGACACCGAUGGAGGAGAUCGUCCGCGGUUUCAACUUCCUCAUCGACCAAGGCCUCGCCUUUUACUGGGGCACUUCGGAAUGGUCCGCCGCGCAGAUCGAAGAAGCCCACGCCGUCGCCAGGCGUUUGAACCUGAUCGCCCCCGUCGCCGAACAAUGUCACUACUCGAUGCUUCACCGUGAGAGGUUCGAAGUCGAGUACAAGCCUUUGUUCGAGAGGGAAGGUUAUGGAACGACGGUCUGGAGUCCGCUGGAAUCGGGUUUGCUUACGGGCAAAUACGACGAGGGGGUCAGUGGACCUCGUACAACGUCCUUGGUCAGAGACAAGAGUCCUUACUCACGAUUAGGUUCCAUUCUCUAGAUCCCCGACGACUCGCGCUUCAACACCAACUCGGAGUUUUUGUGAGUUUCGCCUCGAUGCUCGAAGGGACGGUCCUCGCGCAGUUCAAAAAACUAAAAAGUUGAGCUUCUCCUCCCCCCUUUCCCCUUCAGCCAAACCACCAUCAAGGAACUCAAGACGCCUGCGGGUGAAGCCAAACUCGCCAAGAUCCGCGAGCUCAAAUCCGUCGCCGACGACCUCGGUUGCUCUCGCGCGACCUUGGCCCUGGCCUGGGCCGCGAAGAACGCUCACGUUUCGACCGUGAUCCUAGGUGCUUCGAAACCGGAACAGGUGACGGAGAACUUGAAAGCUUUGGAGAUCUUGCCCAAGUUGACCAAGGAGGUGAUGGAGAAGGUACGCCCACAGGCUCGAACUCUGCUUCUCCAACGUGGCUGAGAUCAUCCUGACCCUUGUCGAUGACGAUGGGAACAGAUCGAGAAGAUCCUCGACAACACCCCGGCGCAACCCAAUACGUUCGGUCGCACGCGUUAA